AUGGAGCGACCUACUCCCAGCAGCUCUCGCAUCCCGACAACGCUGAGAUCGGGAGUUGCCAGAACACCAAGCACAUUACGAACACCAACCGCCUCCUCACUAGGAAAGCGAGCUGCAACGGAAGCUGGCUUAGCUGAUGACCCCUUGGUCGCACGCAAGGCUCUGAGCGCUUCCAAGGCUCGUGAAACUACCCUUGAGAGGCGCAUCCUGGAGCUGCAGAGGAGCCUCCAGCAGCGCACCGAGGAGCUGGAGGAGACUCGCAGCCUCAACGAGCGUCUCAAGACUGAGCGGCAUAUCCUGCUGGAGGGCGAGACAAAGGAGAAGAACGAGGGCGAGAAGCGCGAGAAGGCAUGGGAAACAGAGAGGAAACAGGCCAUCGCAAAGAUCGGCGAGCUGCGGCGAGCGAGGAACACCCUCGGCGCCGAGCUCGAGGAGGUCAAUCACCAGCACCAGUCCCUCACCGCACGGUAUCACAACCUCAGCAACUCGUCAAAGUCGGAGAUUUCAUUACUCGAGAACCGCGUCAAGGAUAUUGAGCGCGAGCGUGACGAGCUCAGGCAAUGGCAGCGACGCGCCGAGGCCCUCUCGAUCCAGCUGGAGGAGGAGAAGCGCAAGGCUCAAGAUGGGGCUCGCCGGCGGGAGGAUGCCGCAGCUGAUCGUAAGGGCGACGAGGUGGUUCGAGGCGAGUUGCGACGCCAAUCCCAGAACCUGGUCUCUCUCCAACACGCCAACGACUCUCUGCAAGCUGAGCUAGUGGACCUCCGCCGCUGGAAGAAGGAUGCGGAUGCCCACGACCGCGUCGCAAAGGAUACCGAGCGGACGUUGAAGGACGAGGUUCGCUCCUUGCACGAGCAGCUUGAACGCGCGCGCAGAGAAGUCGACUCUCUCACUCAGACCUUCCCAUCCGACCAGGCAGCAUCAGAGGAUGCCUCGACACUCCAGCAUCGUCUUUCAGCCCUGUCCACUCUCCACGCUGAGACCGAGGCAAAACUCACCGCCAAGAGCAAGGAAACGGAUGAACUCCACGCCCGUCUUGCGACCGUUGCCCGAGACAGCCAGAGCGCCAAUCUGGCUCUUGCCAAGCGCGCCGAAGAAGCAGAGCGUGAGCUCCGAUGGGCCAAGGAGGGUCGACGACGUGCCGAGGUUCAGGAGAGCCUUGCCAGGAAUGAACUGCAGAGCUACGUCGAGCUCGGCACCAACCCCUCGUCGGCAUCCGGCUCCGGUGAUAGUGCUGCUCGAGUCACACAGCUGGAGUCGCUCCUCGAGUCGUACAAGUCUCAGCUCGAGGGACUCGCGCGUGACACGAGGGAUGUGGAGGACCGCGUCUCUCGCGGCGCCGGCCUCGUCAAGCUUUCCGAGCUGGAGGAGGCGCGCGAAGCCAUUUCGAGGCACGAGGCGGCCGCGACCGAGCUCCAGCAAACCAUCGAUCAGCUCAUCGAGGCCAACACGAAGCUCGACGCCGAGGUGACAAACCUCAUGCAGCGUGUCGCCUCGGGCGAGUACAACCCUGCCCGGGAGCGCCUCCUCGAGCUGCGCAACAACCCUGCCGCCAAGAUCCAUGCCGUUCGUACCGAGCAGCUCGAGGCUCUCAAGGCGGAGAACACUGCUCUUCUCGGACGUCUCGCUGCCGUCGACAACGAACCUGCUGGACAAGAUGCCGAGUCUCGGGGCCUUGUUCCUCGCGAGAGCUUUGACAGGCUGGUCAAGGAGAAGACAGACCAGGAAGCAGCUCAUGAGAAGCGCCUGCUUCGUCUCAAGGAGAUCUUCGGCCUCAAGUCGCGCGAGUUCUUGGAAGCCGUCUACUCCCUUCUCGGAUGGCGCAUCCGCUUUGACGAGUCUGGUGCCGACAUUCGCCUGACGAGCAUGUAUGCUCCCAAGGGCAAGAUGGGCCUCACACUCAAGUUCACCUCGCACGAGGGCCAUUUUGGCACCAUGCAGAUGACGGGCGGCAUGGCGCGCGGUCUCGAGGAGGCACGCGACUUUUGGGUCACGGAGCGACAGAGCAUUCCUGGCUUCUUGGCACAGGUGACGACUGAGAUGUUUGAGAAGACGACGAUUGGACGGGCAGCUGGCUACGUGGGCCUGGAGUAGAACUCGCAGUGUAGACUAUAUAACCAUGCAUCAUGGGUG